AUGCUUAAGAGCGACUCAAAGCUCGUGAUAGAGCAAGUUAGAGGAGAUUAUGAAGCAAAAGAGACAAGAAUGCAGAAAUACCUCAAAUUGACAAAUCAGUUGGCAAGUAAUUUUCAUCGCCCAGAGUUUGUUUGGAUCCCACGGGAUCAGAAUGCAGAAGCUGACGAAGUGGCACGGAAUGCGUCAGCAGAUGACCAGGACAAGAUAAAUGAUUGGAGACUGGAAGAACCAAACUCUCCUAGCAUCAAAGAGUUUCAAACUUUCCCUGUGCACACUUACUCAGGAUGGACGAGUCCAAUUUUGUCAUUCCUUAGAGAUUUACCACCAAAUCCUGAAGAAGCAAAGAAGAUCCAAAAGCGAGCUGCUCGGUUCACAGUACUAAACGACGAGCUUUACAAAAGGGGCUUCUCCCAGCCCUACUUGAGAUGUAUAGAAGAGGAAGAGGCCAGAUAUGUCCUGGAGGAGGUACACAGGGGAGUUUGCGAAGAUCAUGUGGGGCCAAAGUCCUUUGUCAGGAAGAUCAUGAGGGCAGGUUACUUUUGGCCCAUGAUGCAGCAAGACGCAGUAGAUUUCGUGAAGAGAUGUGACAGUUGCCAAAGGUUCAGGAUACCAAGGACGAUCAUCUCAGACAAUGGUCGUCAGUUCGAUAGUCAUGGGUUCAGGUCAUUCUGCUCGAGCCUAGGUAUCAAAAACAAAUACUCAUCACCAGGACAUCCUCAGGCCAAUGGACAGACAAAAGUAACCAACCGAACCUUGCUCAAGAUUAUCAAGUUUCGGUUAGUGGGGGCAAAGGGAGCAUGGCUCAAGGAAUUACCGAGUGUCCUGUGGGCUUAUAGGAUGACCACACGAACACCAACAGGAGAAACACCCUUCAAUCUAACGUACAACACAGAAACAGUCAUCCUAGUCGAGGUAGGGCUCACUAGCCUCAGGAGGGAGUUCUUUGACGAACAAUGCAAUGACGAUCAACUGAGGUUGAACCUUGAUUACCUGGACGAAGUCAGAAACCAAGCCUCCCAAAGAAUGUCCAAGUACUAG